AUGACUCCGAACCCUAAUGACGGGGGUUCGGCCGCCCGCAACUCCCGGGCUACAGAUUUACGGUUCCGUCUUCGAGAAACUGAGAAUAAACGAGAAAAGGUCAAUCUGGAGCUACAAAAGAUGGACUUCAGAAUUCGAAAGCUAGACAUCGAGAACGAGAUGCUAAACAUCGAGAAGCAACUGUCCCAACUUGAGCAAGAGGAAGUUAAAAAUACUCGACCACCACCACCACCUACGCCUGCGAUCGAUAACUUUAUCAAUGCCACUUCUCAGCAGCAGACAUCGACAGCCUCCGAAGAGCUCGGUCCAACGGUCCAGCGAGAGCAUAUCUCAGUCAACACCAAGUCUGGUGAUACAGUUCCAGCCGUCACUCGUUCUCAUUCUAAGGCGCCUUCUACACCUAAGACUCGUGUUUCUCCUAGUGUGAACAACCAGAAGCAAACAGCAGAAUACUCUGAAGAUCGCGGUCCAACGGUCCAACGCGAACAUGUCCCAGUCAGAGCCAAGUCUGAUGAUACAACUCCAGUCACGAAUUCUGAGUUCAAGAUGUCACCUACACCUACGGCUAAUGACUCUACUGGUGCAAAGAAUCAGCAGCAGUUAGCAACAAGAACAAAAGAUUGCGGUUCAACAGUCCAGCGAGAGCAUGUCCCAGUCAAUCCAAAGCCUCUUGAUCCGACUCCGAUCACGAAGACUCAUGAUUGGGACAACGUCAACUCCCAGCAGCAGCAACAGCAGACAGCCGCAAAGUCAGCAGAUCCAGAUCCAGCGGUUGACCGGGGCCAUCCCCCAAUUAACACGGGGUCUAUUGGUGCAAUUCCAGUAACAGGUCCGGUGCAAACGCACACUGUUGCUGCCUUGCCUGAGCCUAAAAAGGUCCAACGCGGACGUCCGACCACAUACCGGCAAUUCUUUAGUGAUCGUCUAAGACCUACAGAAGCAGGACCGUCGACGAGGGUUACAAACAAAAGAGCUUCAGGUCAAAACAUGACUGUUCAUGAUCACAAUCAGACUGCUCGUGCUUCCGCCUCAAGCGCCUCCCAAGAAUCUUUGCCAGGCAAGAAUGAUCACCCAGACCAAUCGGCUCCUCAACCGUCGCACAAUACGACCUCAGUGCAACCAAACCCCCCUAAUCUCCUCGCUUCUUCCACUUCCUCUGCAAAAGAGGGCAAAAAACGAAAAGCACAUCUCGAUGGCGAUAAAGACUACGAGCCUGAAGCUGAGGAACCGCCCUCCAGCAAGACCAAGAGAUCCUUCUCCCCGAAGCCAGAAGCCGUGAAGGCCGAUGCCGUCGAACUUCAACAGCAACCUGCUACGAGCCGCCGAAGCAAAAGAGCAAAAGCGUACAAACCUCCAGGGACAUACACGGUGGGUUUGACGGAGGAUUUAAGCUUGUUAUACUAA